AUGUCCGGAACAGCGCCAUCAGAGAACCCAAGCGGCGGUGCACCGGGUGACCGGGGAGUAGAACAGACAUCGCUUGACUCGCACCAGCACGGCCAAGCGCAGAACUUGAUCGAUGAAGCACAGUUGCGACAAGAGCCUACAGACCGUGACAUAGGCGCAAACAAGGAGGCUACAGAUCCGAGGGGAGUACUACAGGGGCAAUCCGGCACGAAGGCUAAAAGUGAGGCAAGAAACAAUCAGGGUUUCCAGGUCGGUGACGAGGGAGACCUUCAUGAUUUAGCUGCAGGCAAACAACCAUAA